UUAAAUUCAACACAGAUGGCGUCCGCAGAUAAUUUGGAGUUUCUGGAUCGGAUAUCUGGUGAUAUUUUUUCCGAAGUUGCACAACGAAUCCAGGAAAGCCGAACGGAAAUCAGCAACAUUCACAAGAGAGUUGAAGUUGCACAGUCCAAGCUUGAUGGACUCAAGGGCAGCCGCAAGGUCACCAAGAUAUUUUCAAGUUCAAUUCAAGUUGAUGCAGAAUCUAUUGUGGAUGGAGACAUGGUUUUCUAUCCCACACAUCAACAAAAUGGAGCAAGACGUAAAACACCUGCUCUUCCGAGUUCUGUGUCAAAACUGGGUCUUUUGAUUUUCGACACCUGUGAUUUUCGAACCCCCCAGAGACAGUCAAAUUCAGAUAAAUCUUCUAAAUCAACUCUGCGUCGUAAACACGAUUCCGAAAUCUCUACCGACACUUCAAUCGGAGAAGCCGAUACUUUGCCGUAUCAAGAUCAUUCUGAUUGUCCUUGGUCCAUCAGUAGUCAAAGAGAUCAACUAGAACGAAGCAAUCCUCUCAAUUUUUCCUACAUGCCCGGACUGGGAGACAUUCCGGAAUUGGAUCUUCCUUUGGCCCUUCCAGACUUGCCAGGUGUUGCGGAUAAUUUGGCCUACAACGAAGACAUUGGCCCAGUUGGUUCAGAAUCUAUUGUGGAUGGAGACAUGGUUUUCUAUCCCACACAUCAACAAAAUGGAGCAAGACGUAAAACACCUGCUCUUCCGAGUUCUGUGUCAAAACUGGGUCUUUUGAUUUUCGACACCUUUGAUUUUCGAACCCCCCAGAGACAGUCAAAUUCAGAUAAAUCUUCUAAAUCAACUCUGCGUCGUAAACACGAUUCCGAAAUCUCUACCGACACUUCAAUCGGAGAAGCCGAUACUUUGCCGUAUCAAGAUCAUUCUGAUUGUCCUUGGUCCAUCAGUAGUCAAAGAGAUCAACUAGAACGAAGCAAUCCUCUCAAUUUUUCCUACAUGCCCGGACUGGGAGACAUUCCGGAAUUGGAUCUUCCUUUGGCCCUUCCAGACUUGCCAGGUGUUGCGGAUAAUUUGGCCUACAACGAAGACGUUGGCCCAGUUGGUUCAGAAUCUAUUGUGGAUGGAGACAUGGUUUUCUAUCCCACACAUCAACAAAAUGGAGCAAGACGUAAAACACCUGCUCUUCCGAGUUCUGUGUCAAAACUGGGUCUUUUGAUUUUCGACACCUGUGAUUUUCGAACCCCCCAGAGACAGUCAAAUUCAGAUAAAACUUCUAAAUCAACUCUGCGUCGUAAACACGAUUCCGAAAUCUCUACCGACACUUCAAUCGGAGAAGCCGAUACUUUGCCGUAUCAAGAUCAUUCUGAUUGUCCUUGGUCCAUCAGUAGUCAAAGAAAUCAACUAGAACGAAGCAAUCCUAUCAAUUUUUCCUACAUGCCCGGACUGGGAGACAUUCCGAAAUUGGAUCUUCCUUUGGCCCUUCCAGACUUGCCAGGUGUUGCGGAUGAUUUGGCCUACAACGAAGACGUUGGCCCAGCGAUCGCACCUUCACUGAUAGCGGCCCUUCCCGAUUUAUCUCAACUAACUGAAAACAUCAAAACUGUUAAACAUUUCCCUGUUCCACCACCACCUCCGCCGUUCAUUCCUGAUCCAGCUCCGAGCACCAAGCCCAGCGCUGCGUCUCUGGAUCGUUCUAACCUUUUUUCGGACAUUCGGGAAAGGGGUGGAUUGAAUAAACUAAAAUCCUCUGCUGGUCUUAAAUCUUCGGCUUCAACAUCUCAUCAAGCUCCGGCGGGCGACUUGAGGGCCGAUCUCUUUAACCAGCUUUCCAUGGGGCGAAAGGUCAGUUAUCUUUUUCGAGUGUUUCGUUAUUUGAAAAGGAGAAUGAGUAUUAAACUUUACCCGAUUUGGUUGAACAGCGACUUUCUAGUGAGAAUCAAGAGGUGGUUUGGUGGAUGA